GUCUCUCGCGGGCUCGAGGCUCGGCGCUGACUGCAGAGGAAGUGCAGUAUGGCGGAGCGAUGCUAAAGCACAACAAACCUGUGCUAAAAACAUCGGGAUAAAACACCGAAAACCUGCCGAUUCACCGCACAAUCCGGCCGCUCCGCGAUCAUAAACACACACGGACCCGCGGCUCGAUAAUCGCGCGCUCUCUUUGUGUCGCCGACGGUGUUUUUGUUUCGUCGCGACACUUUACGAUCCCGUAACAACGCAAACUAGGGUAUUAUUCUUUCGUUUUCACCUUUAUUACGCGUUUAAAACAAAUACAUUUAACUCUUCAUUAAACGGCAAAUCCUCGCAGAAAUCAAAACACCGCAGGAGUGAGAGUAAAGGCUUUAUGUAUUAUUUCACCGAACGGUAAAACGAUGGAGAAAAAGCAGCAUAAAUCCGACAAACCUCACCGCCAUCUUCAUCAUCACCCUCCUCCUCCUCAGCAGUCCUCCAGCAGCAGCAGCGGGGAGUCCGGCGGCAGCAGCCCGGCGCACGGGGCGCCCAGAGCGGCCAACGCCUUCGCCAACGACGGCAGCUUCAUGGAGCUGUUCAAGAAGAAGAUGGAGGAGGAGGAGAGGAGGAAGAGAGAAAGAGAGGGAGAGGAAGAGGAGGACAAGACGAGGAGCUCCGCCGCGCCGCCGGACAGGAAGCCGCUGAGCGCGAGCUUUGUGGGCAAGCGGAGAGGAGGCGCGAGACUCGCCCUCAAGACCGGGAUGGUGGCCAAGAAACAGAAGCCCGACUCCGAGGUGGAGGCUGGGAAGGGAGACGCCUGGACUUCAUACAUGGCAGAAGUGAAGAAGUAUAAAGCGCAGCAGUGUGGAGACGAUGAUAAGACCAGACCGCUGGUCAAAUAGACUGAACUGCUUCCUGUGGAGACGCCGUCACUGCCAUUCUCCCUCAGCUCCAGUCUCAUCCUGUGCGCCGUAUUUGCUCAUUUGUUGGAUUCUGGUUCUUUUUGAGUGGUUAUGAUUUAGUUUGUGGCAUUAGACCAUUCUCGUUCACCUUGUUGAUAUUUUGUACUCUACAUGUUUGCUACUUGAAUGUCACCUGAUGAAGAUUGACGAUGACGAAUUAAACUCACAGUACCACA